UUUCAUGAUGACAACAUUUGAUUGACAUGGAGCGAUGAGGAAAAUUUGAGCGAAAUUAUAUAUAAGAAAAAGGGGUUGAUUUUGUGAAUAUAGAGAAAAACAUUAACUUGUGAAUUUUGUUUACGAUAACGAUUUCGUUCUUGUGAAAAUAUUAGAAAAAAUAAUAUAUUGUGUUACGUGGCAAUAUAGAUUACGUGCGUGCAAAAGAUUUAACCGAGAAGCUAGAUUGCGAUCGGAUACUUUCCCCAGCAUUUUAGCGGUCAAGCAAUGGCAGCAUCCCCUGUGAUCAUCCAAUCUGCCGCAAAGCACACUUCUACGCUCAUAUUUCUACAUGGACUGGGAGAUACUGGUCAUGGUUGGGCUACAACUAUGGGAAUGAUUCGGACACCUGACAUGAAAGUUAUCUGUCCAACAGCCCCUACGAUUCCAGUUUCACUCAAUGCCGGCUUUCGUAUGCCAUCAUGGUUUGAUCUCAAAACAUUGGAUAUUGGAGGACCAGAAGAUGAAGAAGGAAUCAAGAAGGCAACUAAGAAUGUACACGAAAUGAUACAAGGAGAAAUUAGAGCCGGGAUUUCGUCAAACAGAAUUGUUCUGGGCGGGUUCUCUCAGGGCGGAGCCCUAGCGUUGUACGCGGCUCUUACAUUCACCGAGCCAUUAGCAGGAGUUAUGGCUUUGUCUUGUUGGUUGCCAUUACACAAGAGCUUUCCGGGUCUUUUAAAGUGUCCAGAUACGGUACCGAUUCUUCAAUGCCACGGAGAUUGUGACCCGGUUGUUCCCUACAAAUUUGGCCAACUGUCAUCAAGUGUGCUUAAGACAUUUAUGAAGAAUUCACAAUUCCAAUCGUACGGAGGAUUGUCACAUUCCUCGACCGAAGCUGAACUAGAAGACAUGAAGAAAUUCAUUGAAAAACAUGUUCCGCGUCAAUGAGUAAAUGAGCUGGUCAUUCCAGAAAUGGACAAUUUUUCAAUUUUUCCUACAUAAAAAUACAAAAUUUGGCGAUAACAAUAGCGAAAUACAGGAGGCAGAAUUGAAAGAAUAGUAUAACUAAAAAAUUAGUCAUUCAGAUCGAUAGUUUACGAUCAUUUAUUGCUGCAAUCGGCGAAUUAAAACUGUCAUGAAGUAUUAGAAAUAUAUAAAAUGAAACCCUAAUAAUACGAACAAACUAAAUCGCAAGAAUUCUGCAACACAUUUAUGACAAUUAAUUUCAGAUCAGUAAGUAUUCCUAAUAAUUCAUUUCUACAUGAAACUGUAAAAGAAUAACAAUAACAGAACUGCUAAAUUACAUCUUUUUAUCUGUCGGUUUCAGUCAGUUCAGAGUUCUAACAUAUUCAGUUAUUCUUAGUGCUGCCUUUAAUCAGAUGAAAAGCAAAAUUUCGUGCAAUUAGAUACCAUUGCCAGUUUCAUAGUUAUUGAACGAGUUUUGGUCGAUUUAAGAAUCCAUUAGCAAUGCGACCACGUAAAUUCCUGUAAACAAAAAACCUACUGAAUGCUACAAAGUAUUAGGCAAAUAAGAAAUCCAUUAGGAUAUUGAUUGUGCGUACUACUGAAAGAGAUUAGAAUAUAUAUUUUAGUUUAAUUAAAAAUAACAGUAAAAAGUCCUUAA